UCACUAAUGUGUAUAAAUAUUGCCUUAAAUUUGAAUAGCCUUACUACGCGACUGCCAAGAACUGGAGAAACUAUCACUGGACAUAAAUUUUUCAUUGGUUUUGGUGGGAAAGGAGCCAAUCAGUGUGUCCAGUCUGCUCGACUUGGGGCCAAGACCUCACUGAUCUGCAAGGUUGGAAAGGAUUCCUUUGGCAAUGAUUAUAUUGAAAAUUUGAAGAAGAAUGGUAUUUCUACAGCAUUUGUAGGUCAGACUGCAGAUGCUGCUACUGGAACUGCUUCAAUAAUUGUCAACAGUGAAGGGCAAAAUAUUAUUGUCAUAGUCCCAGGAGCCAACCUGCUUUUAAAUUUUGAAGACCUGAAGAUGGCUUCUCAUGUCAUCUGUAAAGCCAAAGUGGUUGUUUGCCAGCUAGAAAUAACCCCUGCUGUGUCUCUGGAAGCACUGAAAAUGGCACGUGCCAGUGGAGUAAAGACUUUAUUUAAUCCAGCUCCAGCCCUUGCUGACCUAGAUCCACAAUUUUAUACCCAUUCUGAUAUCUUCUGCUGCAAUGAAACUGAGGCAGAAAUUUUAACGGGCAUCCCAGUUGGCAACCUUGAAGAUGCUGAAAAGGUGGGACGCAUGCUGUUAGAAAGAGGGUGUAAGCUCGUAAUUGUUACUCUUGGAGCAGAAGGCUGCAUGAUGAUAUCAGUGGAAGAACCCAUUCCAAAGCACGUUCCUGCUGGGAAGGUCAGGGCUGUGGACACUACGUUCAUUAAAAUCCUGGAGAUUUUGCCAUCUGGUGCAUUCCAUAUCUGA